AUUGUGUACAGCCGCAAGGAAGGAAAUUGUAAGCAAACUGUUUGGGACAUGCGAGUGAUGAAUUUGGUAAUUGCGUGGAAGACACUGAUUAGGACGUUGAGCAAGAUUGAUAGCGGCUGACAAAGGUCAAAGGUUCAUUCGCUGGUUUUCAAUCGCCUGAGAUUCGUACUACCGAGUUUUUAGCAGUUUUAAUAAUGGUUCGUGCGUGGAUAAUGGAUGAAUUGGAUACCGAUCAACGUCUCGAACACUUCACAGAUCCUCCACAAUUUUUAUCGCUGUCAGAGCUGUUUGCCGAUACAGGUGUUGAAUAUUUUAAGGUUGACCAUGACAACUACAAGUCAGACACGUUAUUGAAACAGUUGAAAGAAAGUAGAGGGUAUUCUUAUGAGGAUGAGAUUAUUUGCUCCAAAGAGUGUCUGCAGAACUACGAAGACAAGUUGAAACAUUUCUUUACGGAGCACUUGCACACAGACGAGGAAAUUCGUCUUGUUCUUGAGGGUUCAGGGUACUUUGAUGUAAGAAAUAGCAACGACCAAUGGAUUCGCAUUGAGGUUAUUCCUGGAGAUUUGAUCAUCAUACCCAGCGGAAUAUAUCAUCGAUUCACAUUAGACUCUAAUAACUUUGUCAAAGCAAAAAGAUACUUUGUUGGUGUUCCCGUGUGGGAACCACAUAACAGGCCAGCUGAUGACAUGGCAUGCCGACAAGAAUAUGUGCGACGUCUUCAACAAGGUUUUAAAGUUGCCACCAAUUAAAAUUGAAAAAACAUGAAUGAACUUGACGUACAGUAUAUUGUAUAUUGAUUGUUAUCGAGUAUUUUAUGAAUCUUAAUUACAGUUGGGUAUUUACUCAGUCUGUAAAAUUACAAACUGUUGAACUAUUUGAUGA